AUGGAGAACCAGUGGAAUAAUCUUCAGUCCGGACGAGACAAACAGCGAAAGAAAGGGAUUCAACGCCGGACUAGGGGAUCGUCUGGAUGCGAGGAUGGAGAACGUAAACCAAAAUUUCAUUUACACGUUAAAAACAUUAAGGAUGAUGUGCUGGACAGGUUUGCCAGUAUCCGUAUCCCGGGCAGUAAGAAGGAGCGUCCUCACCUCCCCCACGUCAAACACUCCUCUUCCUCUGAAUGGUCCUCCUCUUCCUCCUCCGCUGAGUUUGAGGACCUGUCCUCCAAGAUCACCUCAGAGAAGGAGAUACUGGGCCUCUUCGAGAAGAUGAUGGAGGAUAUGAACCUGAAUGAGGACAAGAAGGCUCCUCUGAGAGAGAAAGAUCUGACCACCAAGAGAGAGAUGGUCAUCCAGUACAUUGUUACUGCAUCCAAAACAGUUAGGGAGGCCAUGAUGCCUCUAAGCCUGGGGUCAUAG